AUGCACCGCACAGAAUGCGCAAUGAGCCUAAUACAGCAGGAGAUCGAUCGAAGUCAAGGAGACAGGCUGAAGCUUAUAUCAAUUCUGAAUGAUUUAAAUGCGCAAGAAAGGAAGAAUAUUUUACGCUUUGCAUGUGGUGCCCUUAGACGUCACAUUAUCCAGAAGAAAGAAUUUUUAUGCCAGGCGUAUGCUGCAGGAAAGUGUCUUUCAAAGAGGCUUAGUGGAAUUCUGGCUAGAAUUAACAUAAGACCAGGGCGAUGCAGAAGACUCUCUUCUCUUCCAAUUGCUAGAACAUUUAGGCACUCCAUCCUGGAAAUAGCAGAUUCUCAGGCAGAAAAAGAGUUACACGAUAUUUUUGUGGCAGUUGCUGACUUAAUUAAUUCCAGAUCUACGAGUGAAACAGAAGAACUUAGUGUGAGAAUACGCCUGCUGCACAGAGUAGGCAGAUCUGAUGAGAUUAACCAGACAGUCAUUCGGGCGUAUGAUACAGAAGUACCCGUAUAUAUGAGAAAUAUUAUAAGGCAAGGGACUGCAGAAGACUCAAAAAAUAUUCUUAGAAGGAUUGAGAGUCUACAGAAGAUCCCAGGAUUAUUCAACUGGACAAAUAUGGAAUAUCUUCCUAGGGAGACAAAAUAUCAAGUGCAACAGUAUUUAGGAGAUGCUGUAUUUGAUGAGGGUGUCCUUGGGGUGAAGGAGAUUCUUGUUCUGCUGCAAGAAAAAGAGAAAGACGCACUUUCCCUAUUGAUGUCAAACCGAAUAAGCAAAGCCUUCGGGAAGAGACUUCAAAGUGCACUAGCAGAAGCAUUGCUAGAAUAUGCAGGGAUACAAGCAUAUAAUCUCCUGCAGAUCAGGCAGAUGGAAUGGCCUGCAGAUGCAAGAAGAAAGAUCUUCCAAUUAACAAGAAAAUUAUUUAAAAAAGCCGUUAAGAAAACACCAAAUUCUUAUGCAAAAUUACUUGUAGAGAAGAUUAAAUCUUCCCCAGUGAAGGAAAUAAAGAAAGAAGAAGUGCCAUUCCUGCGGAUAAUUGCAGAGGAAGUCUCAAGCACAAAAUACUUCGAGAAUAAUUUGUGUGUCUCAUUGGUUAGAUCUCUUCUGUGUGAAGAGAAUAUUCAGCCAAUUCAAAGGGCUGUCAGAGUCAUCAGCAGCAAGUGGAAAUAUCCUUUGCGCAUGCGAGUGGCUGGAUUAAUCAGAGACUUCUCAGAGGCAGAGACCCUUCAGAAUGGAGCGGUCUCUCUGGUUCACACAAAUAGUUUCAGGUGGCCCAGGCUAAUUGAGCAGUUAAACCUGCCUGGAAUGCCUGAAAUAUCCAAAAUCAAGCAGAAAAUUGAACAGUCCAGGAAAAGACAGAAGGUAAAAAUGGAGUGGGUAGAUACUUUGUCCACUGUAGAAAUAGAAGUAGACUCAGAGAGUGCAAUUCUUUCAUUUCCGCAGUACUGGCUGAUUCAGCAGCUGUGCGAAAACAAGGAAUUUCCACUUUCCAGGUUUGAAGCCCUUCCUUUGCACAGAGAGCAAAUGGAACCGCUUUUGAAGAAAGGCAUUAUACAAGUAUCUUCAGACAGCCAGAAAAUAAGAAGGGGAAAUAACUUCAAUAAACCAACUGAAUGGACAGAUCUCCUUCCAGACUUUGCAGCAGAGGCAGAGGAAGAUGCAUCCGACAGAAAAAAAGUCCUUUUAAAUAUGGCUGCAGACAGCUACUUAGUCAGAGAAUUAAAGACAGAUUCACCGCAAGAGAAAAGUGUCCUAAUAUCUCGCCUAAUAAAGUCCCAUGGGAUCCCGCUUGAAUUGGCAGAUAAAAGGCUCAAUAUACUUCUGGAAAGAAACUUCUUAGUGUUUGAUAAGCAAGCAGGUACCCUUUCAUAUAAUCCAUAA